AUGUGGGAGUUCCGGUCCAUGAAUUUUUGGCGGGCAGUCUUUGCAGAGUUCUUUGGGACCAUGUUCUUCGUCUUUUUCGGCAUGGGUGCUGCACUGCGCUGGACCACCGGGCCUCAUCAUGUCCUUCAUGUGGCCCUGUGCUUUGGUCUGGCAGCUGCCACCCUCAUCCAGUCCAUUGGCCACAUCAGCGGCGGCCACAUCAACCCUGCCGUCACCUUUGCCUACCUUGUUGGCUCGCAGAUGUCUCUUUUCCGCGCCAUUUUCUACAUGGCCGCCCAGUGCCUGGGCGCUGUAGCUGGGGCCGCUGUGCUGUAUGGGGUCACACCUGGCAACAUGAGAGGCAACAUGGCGAUGAACACGCUGCAGCCUGGCAUCAGCCUGGGAAUGGCCACCACUGUGGAGGUUUUCCUCACCAUGCAGCUUGUGGUGUGCAUCUUCGCCGUGACCGAUGAAAGGAGAAAUGGACGUAUGGGAUCUGCUGCCCUCUCCAUCGGCUUCUCCGUCACCAUUGGACAUCUCAUGGGGAUGUACUACACCGGUGCUGGAAUGAACCCUGCUCGGUCCUUCGCCCCUGCUGUGCUCUUCAGGAACUUCAUCAACCACUGGGUGUACUGGGUCGGGCCUAUGAUUGGAGGUGCCAUGGGAGCCCUCCUGUACGAUUUCAUGCUGUUCCCACGCAUGAGGGGUCUGUCUGAGCGCCUGGCCACACUGAAGGGCAGUCGGCCCCCCGAGAGUGAGACCCAGCAGGACACCCGUGGGGAGCCCAUCGAGCUCAAGACGCAAGCCCUAUAA